UUGAAGACUUUUAUUUUGAAAAACAAACCGCUCUUCCGGUCGGACGUUCAGACGCGUGCUGAAUGAGGAGCAGUAUGAAAACUCCAGUGAGCGUCCUGCGGCUGCCCAGAGGACCGGACCCGAACAGCCGAGGUUUCGACCCGAACUCUCCCCGCUUCAUCGCUCUCUGUCCCACAACCGUUCCCGCCUCCUCCUCCUCCUCGGAUGAAGAGGAGCAGCGGCUGCGGGCGGAGCUGCGCGAGAGGUUUCUGCGGGCGCUCUUACUGAUGACGGGCAGACGAGUCCGGUUCGACAUGCACGAGCACGUGCGCGUGCACGCGAGGUUCGGCGCCUCGGACAUAGACGUGCUGACCCUGCAGGUGUCCGACCUGGAGACUCCUCUCGGGGUUCAGAGGGAGGCGCUUCUGAGAUGCCAGGAUGUGAUUGCGUGCGCUUUCGAGGCGUGAGAGCGGGUGUUCGGCGCGAGAGGGCGCUGCUUGCUGCGUGUAAUAAAGCUUUGCAACGU